CAUGUCUUUCUCUUUUGUUUUUGCUGCAGCCAACUGGGUACAUGGAAAACUCCGUCUCCUACAGCGCUAUUGAAGACGUUCAGCUGCUGUCCUGGGAGAAUGCCCCGAAGUACUGUUUACAGCUCACAAUUCCUGGGGGAACUGUCUUACUGCAGGCUGCCAACAGCUACCUGCGGGACCAGUGGUUCCAUUCUCUGCAGUGGAAGAAAAAGAUUUACAAAUAUAAGAAAGUCCUGAGUAACCCAAGCCGUUGGGAGGUUGUCUUGAAGGAGAUCCGAACUCUGGUGGACAUGGCCCUGACAUCCCCCCUGCAAGAUGACUCCAUCAACCAAGCCCCACUGGAAAUUGUCUCAAAACUGCUCUCAGAGAACACAAACUUGACGACCCAGGAGCAUGAAAACAUCAUUGUGGCAAUCGCCCCUUUGCUGGAAAACAACCAUCCACCACCAGAUCUCUGUGAAUUCUUUUGCAAGCACUGCAGAGAGCGGCCCCGGUCCAUGGUGGUCAUCGAGGUGUUCACGCCCGUGGUCCAGAGAAUCCUCAAGCAUAACAUGGACUUUGGGAAGUGCCCGCGACUGAGGCUGUUUACUCAGGAGUAUAUCCUUGCCUUGAACGAGCUCAACGCGGGGAUGGAGGUGGUGAAGAAGUUCAUUCAGAGCAUGCACGGCCCCACAGGGCACUGCCCUCACCCCCGGGUCCUGCCCAACCUGGUGGCCGUGUGCCUGGCUGCCAUCUACUCCUGCUAUGAAGAGUUCAUCAACAGCCGCGACAAUUCCCCAAGCCUGAAGGAGAUCCGGAACGGCUGCCAGCAGCCCUGCGACCGGAAGCCCACCUUACCUCUGCGCCUUCUGCACCCCAGCCCGGACCUGGUGUCUCAGGAAGCCACGCUGUCCGAGGCACGGCUCAAGUCGGUGGUCGUGGCCUCCAGUGAGAUCCACGUGGAGGUGGAGCACACCAGCACUGCCAAGCCGGCGCUGACGGCCAGCGCGGGCAACGACAGUGAGCCCAACCUCAUCGACUGCCUCAUGGUCAGCCCUGCCUGCAGCACCAUGAGCAUCGAGCUGGGUCCCCAGGCUGACCGCACGCUCGGCUGCUACGUGGAAAUCCUCAAGCUGCUGUCCGACUACGAUGACUGGAGACCGUCUCUGGCCAGCUUGCUUCAACCCAUUCCAUUCCCCAAAGAAGCCCUCGCCCACGAGAAGUUCACCAAGGAACUGAAGUAUGUGAUUCAGAGGUUCGCCGAGGACCCACGACAAGAGGUGCACUCCUGCCUGCUGAGCGUGCGGGCCGGCAAGGACGGCUGGUUUCAGCUCUACAGCCCCGGAGGGGUGGCCUGCGACGACGAUGGGGAGCUGUUCGCCAGCAUGGUGCACAUCCUCAUGGGCUCCUGUUACAAGACCAAAAAAUUCCUGCUCUCCCUGGCGGAAAACAAGCUGGGACCCUGCAUGCUCCUGGCGCUGAGGGGCAACCAGACCAUGGUGGAGAUCCUGUGCUUGAUGCUGGAGUACAACAUCAUCGACAACAACGACACCCAGCUGCAGAUCAUCUCAACCCUGGAGAGUACUGGUGUGGGGAAGCGCAUGUACGAGCAGCUGUGCGACCGGCAGCGGGAGCUGAAGGAGCUGCAAAGGAAAGGCGGGCCCACCAGGCUAACACUGCCCUCCAAGUCCACAGACGCAGACUUGGCUCGGUUGCUGAGCUCUGGCUCCUUCGGAAACCUGGAGAACCUCAGCUUGGCCUUCACCAAUGUCACCAGUGCCUGCGCUGAGCACCUCAUCAAACUGCCUUCUCUCAAGCAGCUGAACCUGUGGUCCACUCAGUUUGGAGACGCCGGCCUGCGCCUCCUGUCGGAACACCUCACCAUGCUCCAGGUGCUGAACCUGUGCGAGACGCCUGUCACCGAUGCUGGCCUGUUGGCCCUCAGCUCCAUGAAGAGUCUCUGCAGUUUAAACAUGAACAGCACCAAGCUCUCGGCCGACACCUAUGAAGAUCUGAAGGCCAAGCUCCCCAACCUGAAGGAGGUGGACGUCCGCUACACGGAGGCCUGGUGAAGCUCCGUGCAGGAAGGAGUCUGCAGCCGCAACACACAACUCUUGACUAAUAGCCGUAGAGCGCCAGGCCUGGGUCCCACCCAGCCUCCUGGCUGUGCGAUAGAUGGGGGUCUUUCUGGGGGCAGAGGGCGCUGGGGGAGGGGGAGGGGAAGGUCAUGAGCACGCCCAGCCCCCGCCUAAUUCUCUUAGCUUCAUAAUUGGAACCUUGACCUGAUCU